CAAGGAACAUUCAGUUAAGCCGCGAACGUUGUGAGCUCCAGACGUCUGUGUCUCUCUCGUAGCUCUGCUAACACUUGGAGCCGCUUGCCCCAAAAAUUAAAUAUUUACCACUGUGAAGUGCUGGCCGAAAGUUCUCUCUCAGACAAACAUAUCUAUCGAUAGAGAGAAUCUUGGAAGAUCACCAGUGAUCUAUCUAACGCGUGUGUGUCUAUCUUAUUGCGAGUGUAUUUCGUUGAAUGUCUUUGGGCGCCGAUCGUUCGUACAAAAUGAAGCUGCGCGAUGUGGAAAAUGCCUUCAAAUAUCGCCGUAUACCGUAUCCCAAGCGAUCCGUGGAAUUGAUUGCCCUGCUGGCCAUAUCGUGCACCUUCUUCCUAUUUAUGCACACCAACAAGCUGAACAGCCGUCUCAAGGAGAUGGAGGUGAAGCUGCAGCCGUCCGAGUUCUCCGCCCUCGGCCUGACCGGCAAUCACGUCAGCGGCCACGAUGCGGGCAAACACGAUGAUAUCAAUACGCUGCAUGGCACCUAUCAAUAUCUGAAAAGCACUGGCCAGAUGUCCUCACUCAAUGUUCGGGAUCUGAACAACACGCGAAAGGCGCAAAUGAAUUUAGUAUUCUUCAAUCGAGUGCCAAAGGUUGGCAGUCAGACAUUUAUGGAGCUGCUGCGACGCCUCUCCGAGCGCAACAAUUUCCAAUUCCAUCGCGAUGCAGUGCAAAAGGUGGAGACCAUUCGCCUGGCCGAGGAUCAGCAGCAGGAGAUGGCGGAGGUGAUCAGUGAGCUGCCCGAACCCUCGGUGUUCAUCAAGCACGUUUGCUUCACCAAUUUCACCAAAUUCAAUCUGCCCAAGCCGAUCUAUCUGAAUGUGGUGCGCGAUCCCGUGGAGCGUGUGAUCAGUUGGUUCUACUAUGUGCGAGCGCCCUGGUACUUUGUGGAACGUAAGGCUGCCUUUCCCGAUCUACCGCUGCCGCAUCCGGCAUGGCUGAAGAAGGACUUUGAGACGUGCGUCCUGAGCGGUGAUCAGGAGUGCACCUACACACAAGGAGUCACGGUAGAGGGCAUUGGCGAUCAUCGUCGCCAGAGUCUGUUCUUCUGCGGCCAUGACUACGAGUGCACUCCCUUCAAUACGGUGGGUGCCCUGGAGAAGGCCAAGUUUGCUGUGGAACAGCAAUAUGCUGUUGUGGGGGUGCUCGAAGAUCUCAAUACAACGCUGUCGGUGCUGGAAAAGUAUGUGCCACGUUUCUUCGAGGGCGUCCGAGAUAUAUAUGCAACCAGUGCCGAGUACCUAACGAAGAUCAACAAGAACAACUUUAAGCCGCCCGUCAGCGAGAGUGUGAAGGAUAUAGUGAGACGCAACUUUACCAACGAGAUCGAAUUCUAUCAGUUCUGUCGCCAGCGGCUCCACAAACAAUAUCUGGCCGCCCAUUUACCGCAGCGCAUUAUCACAGACUCAGCACAUCCGCCGGGGCUCGUUGGUAAUUAGUUGGUAAUAAAAGAUUGCAACAAAUAUUUGUAUAGACGAACAAGAAACACUCAAAAACAAAUCAAAAACAAAAAUUAUACUCGAAACUGUAGUCAAGCUAAGAAGUUCCCCCAACUUAUUGUAUGUUGUAGCAAAGUUAAUUGUUUUCUCUUGUGUAUAUUUCAAAUUGGUUAUCAAAAAUACAACCCACGUAUAUAUGUAUAUGUAUAUUUAUAUUGAUUAGUAUGUACUUAAGGUUAGUAAGACCUGAAUUCGAAUUGUGAUGUCUUCAAGUGAACUGUUGAAAUUUUUGUGUUAGUAUUUUAGUUGUAAGAAAAAACCACAUAUAAAAUAGAAUAUAUU